CAUGGGUGCGGGUCAUAUGAUUUCGGUGUUCGGGGUUUGCUGGCCAGGGAGCUGGGUAGUUUGUCGUUAGUGUUGCUGCAGGAUGAUCGUUAAGCUCCUAUCGAUUUUGACUGCAUGGGCUUGUUCGUGCCGGUGCCGGUGCGGGGCCGAGAGCUAUAUUGUGGAUGAUCAGAUCGGUCUGGGGCGGACGUUUGAUGGCAUUGGCGGUCUGAGUGGCGGAGGGGCAACAUCGCGUCUUCUCGUCAACUAUCCCGAGCCUUAUCGUGGCCAGAUAUUGGACUACUUAUUUAAGCCAAACUUCGGAGCCUCCUUACACAUUUUGAAAGUUGAAAUUGGAGGUGAUGCACAAACUACAGAUGGCACGGAGCCCUCUCACAUGCACUACGAGGAUGAUGAGAACUACUUCCGGGGAUACGAGUGGUGGCUAAUGAGGGAGGCGAAAAAAAGGAACCCAAAUAUAACACUUAUCGGGCUGCCUUGGGCUUUCCCUGGAUGGGUGGGCAGAGGAAAGAACUGGCCCUAUGACUUCCCUGAUGUCACUGCUUAUUACGUCGUGUCCUGGAUUAUUGGAGCCAAACAGUACCAUGACCUGGACAUCGAUUAUAUCGGGAUAUGGAAUGAAAAGAGCUUUGACAACAAGUAUAUUAAGCUCCUGCGCUAUACGUUGGAUAAGAGUGGUUUGGAACGGGUUAAAAUAAUUGCCAGUGAUAACCUGUGGGAACCCAUCUCACUUUACAUGCUUCUUGAUGCAGAGCUCCUGAAUGUGGUUGAUGUCAUAGGGGCCCAUUAUCCAGGAACUACAACAGUGAUGGAAGCACUUUUAACACAGAAGAAGCUGUGGUCCUCUGAAGAUUACAGCACUUUUAAUGAUGAUGUUGGAGGAGGGUGUUGGGCUCGAAUCUUAAAUCAGAACUAUGUUAAUGGACGAAUGACCGCUACUAUAUCCUGGAACCUGGUUGCUAGUUAUUAUGAGGACCUGCCUUUUGGCCGUGAUGGGCUGAUGACAGCUCAGGAGCCGUGGAGUGGCCACUACCUGGUGGAAUCUCCCAUAUGGAUAACAGCCCACACCACACAGUUUGCCCAGCCAGGAUGGACGUAUCUCCAGACCAUUGGGCACCUGGCCAGCGGCGGCAGCUAUGUGGCACUAACAGAUGGGUUAGGAAAUCUUACAAUGGUCAUUGAAACCAUGACACAUGAUCACUCAGUUUGUAUCAGACCUCCUCUCCCCGUCUUCAAUGUUUCUGCCCAAACUGCAAUCUUCAACCUGAAGGGAACUUUUGCUGGACUAACAAUGCUUCACGUAUGGUACUCCAGGUUUGAUUUCAAAACGAAUAAAUCUACUUUCUUCAAACAGCUCGACCCACUUAAGGUUUCCAAUGGGUCCUUUGCUUUGAAGCUGGAUGUGGACGAGGUUUACACUUUAACUACACUAAACACGGGCAAGAAGGGCAGCUACCCUGAGCCACCUGGCUCGUCUCCUUUCCCAAAACACUACAAGGAUGGUUUCAAAGUCCGUAACCCCUCCUUCACUGAGGCUCCAAACUUUGCUGACCAGACGGGGGUGUUUGAAUAUUUCAUCAACAUGAGUGAUCCCGGAGACCAUGUGUUUACCCUGCGACAGGUGGUCACUCAGCGCCCCAUCACCUGGGCAGCAGAUGCUGACCAGACCAUCAGUGUAAUUGGAGAUCACACAUGGCAGAACAUGUCUGUGACUUGUGACAUCUACAUUGAAAAGCCUAACACAGGAGGCGUGUUCAUUGCUGGCAGGGUGGAUAAAGGAGGACAAUCUGUUAGAAAUGCAGAAGGCAUUUUCUUCUGGGCCUUCGCAAAUGGCACUUACAGAGUCACUAAUGAUCUCCGUGGACAGGUGGUACUUGCGUCGGGGAUGUCUGGAACAAGAGCAGGGGUUUGGCACACCCUAACGCUUAAUAUCGAGGGGGAGCGCGCCUGGGGAAUGCUGAACGGAUACCCGCUGUGGAAGAACGUGACCAUCCUGGGUCCCGAGAAGGGCUGGGCGGCUAUAGGCACGCUCGGGUUCGAGUUUGCGCAGUUUGACAACUUCAGCGUAGAUGCCAGCUGAUUACAUCUACCUCUCCUUUUAAUGAGGCCGAUAACGUGCAUAAUGAAGCUCAUUGUAAUUAGAUCUGCUUAUGAAAAAGACAGUUUCUAAUGAAAUGGUUGGGUUUGUUUGCAUUGAACUUUGAAUCAUGAACUUUGAAUCAUGAACUUUGAAAUGUGUUUCUCUUUGAUCAUUUUUUUCUUCAGAACAAUUUAUAUAAAAGUACUACUGGUUUAAAUGUUUUUUCUGAAACUUUUUCUGUAGGAAAUUUGCACUUAACAGCUUUCUUGCUCUGUCUGCCUUAAAAGCACAUUUUAUUUUUAGAACAAAACAAAGCUAAGUUCCUUUUUCUUAAAGGGAAUGUACACCUUUUAGAAUAGUUUCAAAUAUACUUUAAUAUGUCCUCAUCUUGUAGUUUAUGUGGCAAACGGUUUUAUCUGAUGUAUAUUGUCCAAGACCUUGACUGUUAAGACAGCACUCUCGGAAUUCCAGAAUAAUUUUGACAUAGAAAAACAUACGGGAAUGUCAAAGGAACAUACAUUAGAAACCUAUACAACACAGUUUAGUUUUGUUUGCAUUCGUUUUAAAGACAAUUCCUUUAAUGACUUGAACAGGUUCAGGAAACCAUCGUAAGUAAAAAAAAAAUAUGAGGAUUGAAUGAACUAUUUCCUAAGAACAACACUGCUCGUAAUGUUGAAAUUGCACACGUACUGGAGUUGGGGAAUGCAUUGAAUGUUAUACAUGAGGCUUCAGUUUGAACUGACCCAGCUGCCACACAUUACAAACCAGCUCUGCUGGGGCUGCUUCUCUCCAGGCAAAUGGGAUGGAAGUCUUUGUUAAAUUAUUCAGCCUUCAGGUGUUGGGUUCCACGUGUGGGAUUGGAGCACAGGCGAAAUCUUGAUUUUAUGAAGUUAUAGCAGAGAGAGAUGUACAGUACUGUGUGUAGUUUUCUAGCAAUCCAUUGACUCAAACUCUAAUGUCUAAUAUCUGGUACUGUAUGUGUAUAUAAAGGGAUAUUUUUACUAUAAAUUAUAAUCCUGUAUAUAUAUAUUGCCUUUUGUCCUUUUCUGCAAUUAAUAAAAUUGUGGUGUUUUGGUGUCACUCGA